AUGUUCUACCUGCAGAGCCUCUCUACGAACGGCGGGACUGAUCGAGGUGCCUUUGGUUCGGUGGCCGCGCUCUCCGCGCACCCAUUCCCGUUGCUGCCGCGUGAUCGACCGCCGCCGCCGUCCUACUCCAUCUCGCGCUCGCAGAUCGUCGCUAGCUCUCCCGACGUCCAUGGACUCUCGCGCAAGCGCAGCCACAGCGGCGAGUCGCUCUCGGCGCAGUCCGCCGGCACGCCGCCUCGCAUCUCGUUCGCAGCGCCGCUUGUGUCGUUCGCUCCUCCGGCGUCGUUGGGAGGGACGUCCAUGCCGCCAAGCGCCAAGCGUCUGCGCCGCGAACCUCUGAGCCCCACGUCAGUAGGAGACGUCUCCGACACGAGGAAGUUGCCUCCUGCCAAGACAGCUGUAGCUGCGACUCCCGGAACUGCGCAGAUGCAGUCGAUGCUACGCGGAUUGCAGCAUCUAUCGACCUGCGGCGCCAAUGGCUGCUCAAACCCAUUGUGUGUGUCCACGCGGGCUUUUGUAGACAAAGUGAAAGUUCAUCGAGCGAGCAUGGCGGGCAAAGCGACGCAUGACGAGAACAAGUGCGGCGCGUGCAAGCUCUGGGGGGCCAUCGUGAAGGCGCACGCCCCCACAUGCUGCGCUGGUGCUACGUGCCGCGUGCCUGGGUGCUCGCCGCAAGAGUGA